CAGUCUGUAGCCACCCUCCGCCGCAGUUGAACGUGCCGCGAGUGUACCGGUGCCCGCUGAUCAGAUCCGACCUUCAAUCCGAAAGAACGAGACGACUAUAUACAGGCGAUUCACAAGAAGAAUUGAAGAAACAACUUCGCACAGAGCACACGAAAACAACGGAUAUGGUCUCCCAUAGAUAGUGUCAGGUGAGGUGGAAACUGUGGGAGUGAGUUAUAGCGGCAUGCGCGUGCUGGUGGCAGCACUUGCUGCGCUGCUAGCGCGUGUGCUAGCCAGUCCCCACGAGCAUAGAGCCAGGCAUCAUGCGCCGGACCACGCUCUUCACUUUUCUAUGCCCGCUCCGCCUCAACCCUAUCGCGGACACGGAGAGGCCGUACGUUACAAUCCAGAGCUGGACACGAUCCUUCCACGAUUCGAUGAACAAGAAACAUCCUCGAAACGAGCAAAAUAUGCAGAUACGGAAUCGUCUUCUAAGCGAGCCAAUGAAGAAAGAUUCUAUUCUAAUCAUGAAAGGAUUGAAGAACUUAUGGCAGAUGAACCCCAACUUGGCCCUGAACCUGACGACCCAUUAAUUGUUCGCACUACUCACGGUAGAGUAAAAGGGAUAACACUUACUGCAGCAACAGGCAAGAAAGUGGAUGCCUGGUUUGGUAUACCUUAUGCUCAAAAACCUAUCGGAGAUCUCAGGUUUCGACAUCCAAGACCCAUAGAAAAAUGGGGCGAUGAAAUUCUUAAUACAACAGCACUGCCACACUCAUGCGUCCAGAUUAUAGACACUGUAUUUGGAGAUUUUCCAGGUGCGAUGAUGUGGAAUCCUAACACUGACAUGCAAGAAGAUUGCCUUUAUAUCAAUAUUGUGUCUCCACAACCACGCCCUGUUAAUGCUCCUGUAAUGUUGUGGGUUUUUGGAGGUGGAUUUUAUUCCGGUACGGCUACUUUAGAAGUUUACGAUCCAAAAAUACUUGUAUCCGAAGAAAACAUUGUAUAUGUAACAAUGCAAUAUAGAGUGGCGUCUUUAGGGUUCUUGUUUUUUGAUACACCUGAUGUACCUGGCAAUGCUGGAUUAUUCGAUCAACUUAUGGCCUUACAAUGGGUCAAAGACAAUAUAGCCUACUUUGGUGGAAACCCUCAUAACAUAACUUUAUUUGGAGAAUCUGCUGGUGCGGUAUCAGUUUCUUUACACCUAUUAUCCCCUCUGUCAAGAAAUUUAUUUUCUCAAGCUAUAAUGCAGUCUGGGGCGGCUACAGCUCCUUGGGCCAUAAUAUCAAGAGAGGAAAGUAUUUUACGUGGAUUGCGUUUGGCUGAAGCAGUUCAUUGCCCAAGCUCUAAAACGGAUACGGGUCCCAUGAUUAAUUGCUUAAGAAAAAAAAGUGCUGACGAACUGGUAAAUAAUGAAUGGGGAACGUUAGGAAUUUGUGACUUUCCUUUUGUUCCUAUUAUAGAUGGAUCAUUUUUGGACGAAAAGCCGAGAAAAUCAUUAGCCCAUCAAAACUUUAAGAAAACCAAUGUUCUCAUGGGAUCAAAUACAGAAGAGGGUUAUUACUUUAUUCUAUACUAUUUGACAGAAUUGUUACCUAAAGAAGAAAAUGUCGGAAUUACUCGAGAACAAUAUUUGCAAGCCGUUCGAGAAUUAAAUCCUUUUGUGAACGACGUUUCAAGACAAGCUAUUGUGUAUGAAUACACAGAUUGGCUUAAUCCAGAUGAUCCAGUAAAUAAUAAAAAUUCAUUAGAUAAAAUGGUCGGUGAUUACCACUUUGCUUGCGGGGUCAAUGAAUUUGCCCAUCGCUAUGCAGAAACUGGUAACAAUGUUUACACUUAUUAUUACAAACAUCGUAGUAAGAAUAGUCCUUGGCCCUCGUGGACUGGGGUAUUACACGGAGAUGAAAUCAAUUACGUUUUUGGCGAGCCACUCAAUCCUGGGAAAAACUAUUCUCCGGAAGAAAUUGAGUUCAGUAGGCGUUUAAUGAAAUAUUGGGCUAAUUUUGCAAAAACUGGAAAUCCAUCGAUGGACGAAAAAGGGGAGACGAUGAAAGAAUAUUGGCCGCUUUAUACGACUGGAGGUCGUGAAUAUCUGUCUCUUGAGGUGAACUCGAGUUCGGUGGGACAUGGUUUGAGAUUGAAGCAAUGCGUUUUCUGGCAGAAAUAUCUGCCCCAACUUAUGGCCGCCACUAAUAAACCUGAAACUCCGAAAAACUGUACCAAUACUGGAUUUUCAAGAAAACCUUCCCACAUGAUGCUCAGUUUGAGCUUAUUUUCUUUAACAGUUGUUAAGGCGAUUAACUAUAUUUAAAUACUACUGAGUGUUUCAAGUUAGGUGUAUUGGUAUUAGGCUUUAUAAUAUAGUUUAGUCGCUUUUAAACGCUCCUCCGGCUGUGGAGAUUAGUUACUUGUAUUAUGGGAUAUAUCACUUUAAUUUCGUCUUUAAACGUGAUUUUAUUUCUUUGGUAGAGUAUACUCAUAAAAUAAAAAGGUAUAAUUAAUUUUUGUAUUAACGGUCAGUGGAACAAUCGUAUGCUUUUUUGUGAAAUGGAUCAACGGUAUAUUUUAAAUUAUUUUUAUAUAUAACGUAUAUAAAUAAUAUACACAUAUUUUUAUUAUAAGCCACCUUAAGUGUUAUAUUGCUCUUUAAGUCUAUAAAGCAUUUAUUAAGCUUUGGUUAAGCUUCACGGUCGUAAAUAAGAAAACUAUGGAGUUAAUGUUAUUAUUUUAAGGAGUGAUACCUCCAUCAACAUAUCACUUGUUAAUAACAAAUUUUAGAAAUACGUAGUCGUAAUUUCGUCAUAGUUUGUAAGACUUUAACAUAUCUUUACAGAAUAGGCUGAAGAGAUUGCUAAUAAAAGAACAUGCGGAAAGUGGAACAGUCAAUGAAAGACUCACAAGAAAAUGAUUAAAAUAAUGGAAUUUCAGCUGAACCGUGUUAAUGUAGAAUGUGAAAUGAUUGAUGUAUAUGAUAAAUAAGAUGUAGAACUUUUAGCUUUAAAGCGCCUCUAUUGCAAUACAUAUCACGCAAGGCAUAGAAAUGUUUAAACCCAUUCUAACCUUAGUGUAAGUUAAAUGUAAGCUAGUUAGCUUCACAACUCUGUAGCGGACCAAUAUUAGAAAGUUGUACAUGAUAUAUGGUUCGACUGGACUAAAGGAAAACAAAGUUCAAAACUGCCAAAAAAUGUUUUGGAUCUAAAAGAAUUUUAGUUCAUGGAAAACUAGUCGACUGUUUAGAAAAAGAUGAUUGUUCUGACAUAUGCAAAUAGUAAUAUAAGAAUAAAUUUUAAAAAGUCGAUUAGUUUUCCGUAUGCUUGAGUUUUAACAAGAAUCGGUUGUAAUUUGGUGGUUCUGAGAGUAACAUCUAACAGAAGGUAAAAAAAAAACAUUCUCCUAGUGUUGGAAAUUGUACAGCUUUUAGUAUAUGCCGUAAGUUAGCAAAAACCAAAUUAGUACCUUAAAGUUUAGGAUCGACACAUAUAGCUUAGAGAACGUAGUGUCCAACAGUUCAGCUUUCGAAUAUUGGUAUUUGGUAAUAUAAGAUAGAGAGAAUCUUUUCAAUUCGUUCAAAGAUUCGAAAUACAAUUUACUAGUACAAUACAGUAAUUUUAAUGUCUUUUGGCGAGUAUUUUUUAGAUAAUAAAAUAUUGUUUUGUUUCUGUACAUAACGUAUGUAUUAAAAAUAAAGUAGGUCUUGAAUCUUAGGUUUUAUGUACUUUCAGGGCAUGAACGCCCAAGUGUCAAAACAAAUCUGUUGUGGAAGACGAUACUUUAUGAGAUAUAGUGAAGAUGUAAUUUUCAUAUAUCGACAAUUUAUGGCUUUUUUUAAUUUAUGAUUAGAUUAGAUGUAAACAUUUGAAUAUGUAAGUCAAUUGCUGUCUUGAAUACCGAUAUUAAAUCGUUUAUUAAAUAUUAAAACACGGCUUUCGGUAGCUUAUACAAUUGCCGAUGUUAGAUUUUAAUCUAGUAUCAAUAUAAAGUUAUCUCUCGUUCGAUGUUUCACGAACUACGCUUAUUUUAACCUGCAUAUAUAAACCUAUAGAGUGCCUCUUGUUCACUUUUAUAUAUAUUGAUAAACACUUAGUGUAUACUUGUAGUAGUAGAGACGUAACUUCUUACGAUUUGCACUUAUUUAAUUUUAUUUUGAUUCAAUCUUUUUGGAAGGCCAGGAAAUGACGAGAAGUGCCAAAGCAAGUUUAAAAAUGUGUCAAUAGAAAAACAUAUUUUUGUUAUAACAUAGUCAUAAAAUUAAAUUCUUCAAAUUUAUUCCAUUACUACGUACUUCAAUAUUUUAAAUUUUAUCUAGUAAUGAGUCAUUUCAAUAUAUUAUCUGAAAAAAGAUUAUAUAAUAUUAAAGCUUGUGUACACUUCUCACUUUACUUGUUUACAUAUAUUUUUAUGUCUUACAUAUUUUCUAUGAUGACCUAAAUACACUUACGUGAGUUUAAAUGACAAAUCUACCAAAACUUUGAAUUUUAAAAGACGUAAUUACAUAUUAUUGAUUGUAUUAAAAAAUCGUGAUCCGGUGGAGGAGUAUUGAAUUUAAAAAAUGCUAGUAUUAUUUGACUGGAUCUAGAACGUAUCAGACAUUAAAUGAUACCAAUAUAUAUAUAUAUUUAUUGAAUUAUUUGAGCAUGAUUAUAAAACAUAAUUUCGUGUUUCAUAGCAGUUGGUAGAAAAUAGUAGUAUAAAACUUUAUCUUCAAUUGAUCAAUAUUUCAAGUAAGGAAGUAUUGGUUUUGAUGGAAUAAUUCUCUUCCAAAGACAUGAAUUUGCUAAAUUGGGAUUGUGAUUUAUUGGAAUUUGAAUCAAAUAAUACUAGCAAAUUUUAAUACGUUUUUAUAGAUAAGAGAGUGCUAAACGAUAAUAUUAUAGUACCAGUUUGUUGAAGUUAAUGCUUUUGAUAAAUGUGGCCUAAAUCUCAGCACGAAAUAUGGGAGGCCUAUCUGUAUUUAUUUAAUUCUGUUUAUCUUUUCAAAUUCUAAUAGUAAUUUUUCGAGUAAGUUGUUCAUAAUAUUAGUGCUAUGAUUGCAUUAUUGAAUGUCUGCAACUUUUGUGUUUAAUUAUAAAAUAUAUGCUUGUAUAUA